AUGGAAAGAAUUAUAAUCAUUCGGUGGACAUAAGAAUAUAGUUUUUCAUGAUAGUGCAUCAAUUUGCAUGAACUCAACAUUGUAAAUAUAUUAUUAAUUAAAGUUUAUAGGCAUAUCUUAUUCUUGUUGAUAUAUUCUACAGAAUAUAUAUGGUUAUUAGGAGGAGAACUAUAUAGAUAUUAUUUAUGAAGAUAUCAUUAUAAGUUAGUGAUGACCAUCAGGUACAAUGCCAUCAUUAUUUCCAAUAUGCGCACCUUCACGGCACUAUCCACCAAGAAUUGGACCAAGAAGUCCACCAACAACAGGCAGUCCUCCCACGAGACCACCAAGCAGUCCUCUACCAGAUCCAACAACAGGAAGUCCACCACCACCAGGCAGUCCUCCACCAGAUCCUACAACAGGAAGUCCACCACCACCAGGCAGUCCUCCACCAGAUCCUACACCAGGAAGUCCACCACCACCAGGCAGUCCUCCACCAGAUCCUACACCAGGAAGUCCACCACCACCAGGCAGUCCCCCAGAUCCUUCUUGGGAGAGUUUUCUAGUAGCAGAACACAUGCUUAAACCCAACAGCACAAAGAGAGCAAUGCUUAGAACUUUUGAAGUUGCCAUAUGAAAUUUUGUUUGUAUCUUACACAACUGAGAUGUGGUUUCAAUAUUCA